AUGUUGUGUGUUUAUGUAUGUGUAGAAGAGAGCGACGGUUUUGCAAAAGAACAUGCUUUUCAGCGGAAAGUGGCGUGAACCACUUUCAGAAAGCUCUCUUUUCUCUUCUCGCUCUCUUUAUUUUGAAGACUAUCUCGCCUUCGUAGAAUUUUUUGGUUUCUCCUGCAAACCAUGAGAUAAAAUUUUGGGCAAUUGAUAUAUGCCCCAUGCAAAAUUAACGAAAUUCCGGAGUCUGCACUUGUGACACUUUCUAUAUGAUUUCUUUCUUACCGCUAACAAAUAUUUUCUCUAUACAGAUACUUUUCAGAAAGUACUAAUUACUGGCGGUGCCAGUGGAAUCGGCGCUGCUUGUGCCAAGCUUCUGGUGGAGGAAGGCUGUCAAGUCGCAAUAUGGGAUAUUCACGAGGAAAAUCUCGCCAAUAUUCACCGUGAGCUCGAGAAAACUGGAUACACUGUAAGUUAUAUGUUAGUGCGAAUUCAUUUUUGCCAUCCUUUCAGAUCUACACACAAAAAGUUGAUCUUUCGAAUGAAUCGGAGAUCCUCAAAGCUUGUGAUGACUUGAAAGAGCGCUUCGGAGACGUCGACAUUCUCUUCAACAACGCCGGGCUUGGCAAUGCGUCGAGUUUCCUCCAGAGCAACACCGAGACAAUGAAAUACAUUUUCGAUGUGAAUAUUUUUGCUCACAUGCAUGUAAGUUGGAAUUUUCGACGAAUUCUCUGGAAAAUUUUUGAGUGUUUUGAUAUAAUCGUUUGCAGAUUGUCAGACAACUUUUGCCAAGGAUGAUAGAAAAGGGCGAAGGGCAUAUUGUGGCUACAAGCUCGUUCGGAGGGAUCUGUGCACUCGGAGGUAGGCGGUUUUGAUUUUUAGGACUCUCAAAGCCUUUAACUUCUUCUGCGUCGAGCGGCUGCAUGAUGAAAGAAGAGCGGCAAGAGAAAAUUUUAUGGCCAUAAUCUCAAAAAUUUAAAUUUAUGCCAAGUGUCAUGAAAAUCAAGGCAUCCCACUUGGCAUACACAAUAGUGGAGGACCUGAUCCAGUGGCAAAAAAGCAUACCAUUUUGCAUACCGGAAGUGUCAAAAAUGUGGCAAAAUACCUCCAUUUCCACGUGAAACACUCGGAUUUCAAAGGCGAGCCCGCUUUUUUUGCGAGAGAAAAGACGCGCUCUUCAAAACGGAGUUUUUCGCUCGAAAAAGAAGGUAUUUUGCUGCAUUUUCGAUACUUCCCGGAUGCGAAAUUUUACGUUCUUUGCCAGUGGAUUCUGUCCUCUACUGUACAUAUUUGCUGUACAAAUUCAGAGCGAAUUAAUCACCUCUUUUCAGAGUUCGUUGACUACUCUACCACAAAAUUUGCGGUCAGAGGAUUCAUGGAAGCUCUCAAUAAUCAACUGGAACUUCAAGGGGUAUCUGGGAUUGAGUUUACCACAGUGUUCCCGGGGUAUGUUCGAACGCCCAUCUGGAAGGAGUUCAAUCCCGGAAAACAGUACAUCCCGGUGAUCGACGCGGACGAAAUGGCCGAGGAAAUAGUCCGGGGGAUAAAACUGAACCAAAAAGAAGUCAUUUAUCCAAAAAGGCUUACUUGGAUCAUGAUUGCUAAAGCGUAAGUGCAAUUUAUAAUGUUUUUACAGUAAAAAAUAUAUAUAUAUUUAGGAUCCUACCACUAAAUGUUCAACGGAGCCUGUUGCUGCACAAGUUUUGCUGGUCGUGA